GCAGCCCCGCUCCCCGGAGCCGCUGCCGGGCGCUCCCGCCGCUGCCGCCAAGAAUAACCAACCAUGACUACAGAAUCGGGAUCAGACUCUGAGUCCAAGGAUAAAGAGCAGGAUCAGCAGGAGAGCCCCACACAGCAAGGGGCAACAGGGAUCCAGCCACAGGACCAGCAGCAGCCAAGCGAAGAGAAUCAAAGCGCACUCGAGCAGUUCUCAGCUGUGGCAGCCCACAGCACGCCGGUGAAAAAGGAGCAGGCCACAGAAAAAGAGCAGGAGUUUGCAGCUGCGAGUGCAAAACAGCUGGAAUACCAGCAGCUAGAGGACGACAAGCUCUCUCAAAAAUCAUCAUCUAGCAAGCUUUCCAAGUCUCCUCUGAAAAUUGUCAAGAAGCCAAAAAAUAUGCAGUGCAAAGUGACUCUCCUGGAUGGAUCAGAGUAUGCAUGUGAAGUAGAGAAACGUUCCAGAGGUCAAGUGCUAUUUGACAAAGUGUGUGAACAUCUGAACCUUUUGGAAAAAGACUACUUUGGGCUAACAUACAGAGACACAGAAAACCAAAAGAAUUGGUUGGACCCUGCCAAGGAAAUCAAGAAGCAGAUCCGAAGUGGUGCUUGGCAGUUUGCAUUUAAUGUCAAAUUCUACCCUCCGGACCCUGCCCAGCUCUCUGAAGAUAUUACCAGGUACUACCUCUGCUUGCAGCUGAGAGAUGACAUCGUGUCAGGUCGGUUGCCCUGUUCAUUCGUCACACUGGCCCUGCUGGGCUCCUACACCGUGCAGUCGGAACUCGGUGACUAUGACCCCGACGAGUAUGGCAGCGACUACAUCAGCGAGUUCCGCUUUGCACCGAAUCACACAAAAGAGCUGGAGGAUAAAGUGAUCGAGCUGCACAAGAGCCACAGGGGAAUGACACCUGCAGAGGCUGAGAUGCAUUUCCUGGAGAAUGCCAAAAAACUAUCAAUGUAUGGAGUAGAUCUCCAUCAUGCCAAGGAUUCUGAAGGAGUGGAAAUCAUGCUAGGAGUUUGUGCAAGCGGCCUCUUAAUAUAUCGAGACAGACUCAGAAUAAAUAGGUUUGCCUGGCCAAAGGUUCUGAAAAUUUCCUACAAGAGGAACAACUUCUACAUCAAAAUCCGACCAGGGGAGUUUGAGCAGUUUGAAAGCACUAUUGGGUUUAAAUUGCCAAAUCAUCGUGCUGCAAAGCGCUUAUGGAAAGUGUGUGUUGAGCACCAUACAUUUUUCAGGCUCCUGCUGCCAGAAGCACCUCCAAAGAAGUUCCUCACGCUUGGCUCCAAGUUUCGCUACAGCGGCAGGACACAGGCCCAAACAAGAAGAGCCAGCGCCCUCAUAGACCGUCCUGCACCUUACUUUGAGCGGUCCUCUAGUAAACGUUACACGAUGUCUCGCAGCUUAGAUGGGGCAUCAGUGAAUGAAAACCAUGAAAUGUACAUGAAGGAUUCUGUGUCUGCUGCAGAGGUUGGUACUGGCCAGUACGCCACAACAAAGGGCAUCUCUCAGACCAACUUGAUAACCACUGUGACUCCAGAGAAAAAGGCAGAAGAGGAGAAAGAUGACGAAGAGGGCAAAAAGAAGAGAGCAGAGGAAAUCACCCCAGUCUCAGCAACACGCCAUGACACCAAGCCAUCUUCGCUUGGCACUGACUCCCACCACCCCUCGCCGUCCUCGCAGCCUUGCCCCCAUGUGUCUUCAGCAAAGCUUCGCAGGAGGUGCAAGGAGAACGCUCGUGCAAAGCCCUCGGGCUGUGAGACGCCCAAAGAGAGCACUGCAAAGCGCAGCGACUCAGAGGCAGAUUCGGACAGAAAGGGCCGAGUUUGUGCCGCCGAGCAAGAUGUGGCUUUCGGCUAUAAGCAAAAAGCCGGCAAAGGCGGAACGCUGUUCUCCUUCUCCUUGCAACUUCCGGAGUCAUUUCCCUCCCUCUUGGAUGACGAUGGCUACCUGUCCCUCCCUAACCUCUCCGAAACCAACCUCCUGCCUGCCAGUGUGCAGCACUACCUUCCCAUCCGCUCCCCUUCCCUGGUGCCUUGCUUCCUCUUCAUUUUUUUCUUUCUGCUCUCUGCCUCUUUCUCAGUGCCAUACGCCCUCACUCUCUCCUUUCCUCUGGCUAUGUGCCUCUGCUACCUGGAGCCCAAGGCGGCCUCCUUGAGUGCCUCACUUGCCAAUGACCUGAGUGACAGUUCAGAGGAAGAGACUGACAGCGAGCAGACGGAUACUGCGGCUGAUGGUGAGACCACUGCCACCGAGUCGGAUCAAGAGGAGGAUGGAGAUCUAAAGGCACAGAAUAGUCUGAUUAAGCGAAUACAGGGUGAAAAUGUGUAUGUCAAACAUAGUAAUCUUAUGUUAGAGGACCUAGACAAAACACAGGAAGAUCUGAUGAAACAUCAGACCAAUAUAAGCGAGCUGAAACGCACCUUCUUGGAAACCUCCACAGAAACGGCUGUGUCUAAUGAGUGGGAGAAGAGGCUUUCCACAUCUCCCGUUCGGCUUGCAGCAAGGCAGGAGGAAGCUCCUAUGAUUGAACCACUAGUGCCUGAAGAGACCAAAGAAGAAAAAGAAAAAUCAGAAAAACUCAUAUUUUUGCAGAAGGGAGGUACUACAUUCCUUGAAUUGCAGCCAAGUGUGAUAGAGAAGAAGCUGCAGGAAGGAGAAUCUGCUGGCACUUUGGUUACUUCUCAUCAAAUCAUUAUCCAGAAAAGUAUCCCAUCAUCCAUAGAGGGCACUGAGGAUUGGGUUAUUAUAGACAAAAUACCCUCUGAGAUAGUUGAUGGUGAAUCGAAAAAAAAUCUGGCAUACAAAAUAGUGACUGUGAGCAGUAAAACUGCCUUUCCACCUGAGCUAUUAAAAUCCAGUACCAUUCUGACGCAGAGCUUUGAGGACUUGGAAAGUGAAAUGCAAUCCAAAGAGGAGAAUAAGCAGAAAAUGUUCACCCUAGGAAAGUCCUAUGAUACUGUAUCCGGGAAAAUUGUAACCAUGACAAGUAAAGCUAAAGAGGGCGAGAAAGCAGUACAGCCUUCAGUAGAAGCUUUGCAAAAAAUGGAGAGGGAAGUGCGAGAAUCUGUGAAAAUCAUUCCAGUAGUGGCCGAGUUUGAAAUCCUCGAGCCUGUCACUGAUGAAAAAGCCAGGUGGGGAUCCGACAUGCAGAGCACGAAAAGAAAGCUGUCCGACUCUCUGACACCCAUAAAAGAAGCAGAAUCUCAGUUGCAGAGUCCCGAAGAGGAGAGUUUGCAAAAGACACUAAAGAUGGACCAGGAUUUGCAGUUACAUGGUACACUGGGAAGCUUGCAGCUUGGCAAAGCAGAAAAACACCUUGGCAGUGAAGCUGCAAAAGCAGGGGCAUUUGCCCGGAGAGAUAAGAGCCUGUCUGAGUGGCGAUACUCCAGAGAACGGCCAUUUACCAUUGCUACUGCUCACUAUGUUACCGAGUCAUCGGCGUCAAAAGUAGUGACUAAACAGUCCACCAGUGAAAAAACCUUGGAUGGUUCAGAUAUCUUCAGUUUAAUAGAGUCCGCCAGAAAACCGACCGAGUUCAUAGGAGGGGUUACUUCCACUUCCCAUAGCUGGGCUCAGAGAGUAGACACAAUGACAUCUCAGGAGAUAACUUCCAGUGAAAUGAAGCAAGCAGUUCAGCCUCAUCAGGAAACGACGAAGGUUGUACGGGAGACUGUAGUUAUCGAAGAGAGACAUGGGAUGGAUGUGCACGCAAGCGGCGAUCCUGCGAAAGUGGCCAGAGUUGGGCUGGAUACCCAGGCUGAGGCAGCGUUGGCAGUAGCUGCUGGCCUGAAAGGGAAGGAGGGCUCUGCUGGGACUGAGGAGACAAAAAGGGAGGAGGCUGGGAAAGCCCUAACCAAACAGGAAGGAGUUGCUGCUGCUGUUGCUACUUCUGCUAAGCAAGUGGAGGAACACAGUACAACAGUUCACCUGUCCGAGUCUUUGGAAAGAAAACCUCAUUUUGAGUCACCAGUUGUGAAGACUGAGACUAUCAGUUUCAGCAGUGUUUCUGCUGGUGGGGAAAACCUCGAAAUUUCAACAAAGGAAGUGCCAGUAGUCCAUACAGAGACAAAAACCAUUACGUAUGAGUCUUCUCAGGUGGAUUGCAGUGCUGACUCAGAACCAGGUGUACUGAUGAGUGCACAAACUAUCACAUCUGAAACCACCAGCACUACAACCACUACACAUAUCACCAAAACUGUGAAAGGAGGCAUCUCAGAGACACGAAUUGAAAAGCGAAUAGUCAUCACAGGAGAUGCAGAUAUUGAUCACGAUCAGGCGCUGGCUCAGGCAAUUAAAGAAGCCAAAGAGCAGCACCCUGACAUGUCAGUGACCAAAGUAGUGGUACAUAAAGAGACAGAAAUCACACCAGAAGAUGGGGAGGAUUGACCACAGGAAUAACUUGGAUUGCACAUGAAUCCAGACAUGCACACCAGUAGGAAUACGAGAGCCUGGACGGAGUCUCAGUUCCAACCUGACUGACUUGUAUCUGUCUAUGGAAAAUUUCAGUACUGAAGAAUCGAUCUUGACCGUUAAUAAAGAAACUGGCAGAGAUACUUUCCCAUAGAAAGCAAUCCGAAUCAGCAGCAGUUAAACAAUAUUGCAUGAAGCAACGAUAAAAUUACAGAAAAGCAGCAUUUUUAAUUUUCUUAAAAUGUCUAAGUUUUCAGCUAUACCUGCACGUUCAUAAACAAUAUAAACAGUGAUCUCAUGUAACACAUAAACAGUUCAUGCCUUUCACAGUUUAUGAAAGUCUAAACAAAUUAAAACUUGUUAGGUGGCAGCCUUUUGUUUACUGAUAUUGUAAAUGAAGAUUAUCCCCCAAAUGCUAGAAGCUGUAUAGGUACUGUGUAUAUUGUUUUACCACACAUUAGAUGUGCCAAUAACACGGUUUAUUCAGUAAACAACUUGAAUCUUACGUUUGUUUCAUCUCGUUUUAUUACUGCCCGAUAAAUGAUGACGAAUCUCUACUCUUAUCAGCGUAUUUAAAUGCUUACAAAGUGUGCUUUGUAUACCUGACUGAAUACCUUAUGAGGUAGUAAUGAUUUUAGUAUAUUAACUUGAACGAUUUUUGUCAGCAUUGUUCAGAGUCAGCUUCCAGUCACCCUUCACAGAUCCUAACCUUGUAAAUUAUAUGUAGUUAUUUUGGAGGGGAAAAAAAAAAGUUUAAAAAUCUGUAUUUUACUUAGUUUGCAGCAUUAGAAAAUUAUUAAUCUGAAAUAACCAUGAUGGUUUUUCUAUUGAUUUCCCUUUUAUUCUCAGAGGAAAAAACCCACAAACAAAAUCAACUCUGUUUGAGAAUCUGGUCAGCAUUUACUGUCUAGUUCAGAGUCAAGCCUUAACCUGUACAGAACGUCCACUGAAAACUCGUUAGU